UACCAUGUUGUUCUUCACUCUCCUGCUGGAGGUGAUUUGGAUCCUGGCUGCUGAAGGGGGUCAACACUGGACAUACGAGGGCCCACAUGGUCAAGACCACUGGCCAGCCUCUUACCCUGAAUGUGGAAGCAAUGCCCAAUCUCCCAUCAAUAUCCAGACAGACAGUGUGACUUUCGAUCCUGAGUUACGUCCCCUGCAGCCCCAUGGAUAUGACGAGCCUAGCACUGAGCCUUUGGACCUGCACAAUAAUGGCCACACAGUGCAACUCUCUCUGCCCUCUACCAUGUAUCUGGAGGGACUUCCCCGAAAAUAUGUAGCUGCCCAGCUCCACCUGCACUGGGGCAAGACAGGAUCACUGGGCGGAUCAGAGCACCAGAUCAACAGUGAAGCCACCGCUGCUGAGCUCCACAUUGUACAUUAUGAUUCUGAUUCCUAUGACAGCUUGAGUGAGGCUGCUCCAAAGCCCCAGGGCCUGGCUGUCUUGGGCAUCCUCAUUGAGGUGGGUGAGACCAAGAAUCCAGUUUAUGAACACAUUCUGAGUCACUUGCAUGAAAUUAGGCAUAAAGAUCAGAAGACUUCGGUGCCUCCCUUCAACGUGGGAGAGUUGCUCCCCCCACGGCGGGACCAGUUCUUCCGCUACAAUGGCUCGCUCACCACACCCCCCUGCUAUCAGAGUGUGCUGUGGACAGUCUUCAAUCAAAGGGCUCAGAUUUCGGUGGAACAGCUGAAAGAGCUUCAGGAGACGUUGUUUUCCACGGAAGAGGAGCCCUCUAAGCUCCUGGUACAGAACUACCGAGCCCUCCAGCCUCUCAAUCAGCGAACAGUCUCUGCGUCUUUCAUCCAAGUGCAAUCCUCCUAUACUACAGGCGAAAUGCUGAGUCUAGGAGUCGGAAUCUUAGUUGGCUGUCUUUGCCUUCUACUGGCUGUUUAUUUCAUCGCUAGGAAGAUCCGGAAGAAGAGGCUGGGAAAUGGGAAAAGCGUGGUCUUCACCUCAGCACCAGCCACAGAGGCAUAGAUCCCCUCUCCUGCCCCCCACCCCCCGCCCCACUGCCAACAUCAUGGAUGCCUUCUCCUUGUGCCAAUCGGAAAGCUUCUAAAAUGAGGUGCAGGGACUGGUCAGAAAAUACUCUAAGAGUAGUGGGCAGAGUCACCUCCUUCCUCCAGACAGCCCCUACAGAGAGGCAUGGACAGGCUCUGGUUCGUGGACUAAGAGCAGAGCCUUCGACCUCUCGAAGUGUACAGAUCAGGACAACCCUAUGUUGACAAUGCAGAUGGCAAAUUGUGUUUAGCUGUGGAGGAAGUUGGGGAUGUACCUCCCAAAGUCCUCCACCCGCUUACCUUUAUGUCUUUUCCCCCAGAUAUAGGGCAGGACCUCCCCUUAGGAAAAAGAGUUGCUGCUGUUGGGGUUUUAUUUUAUUAUUAUUAUUUUUUUGCUCAAUAUAUCUGAAAAUGAAAAUUUCUAAUCCCA